GGGAUUGGUCGCUUGGCUUCGAAAAAGGUGGGAGGGAAAAUCCCAUCGAAGGUCCGCUGCUAACUCCGCAAAUCUUGAUUUUCGGCCUCUCCCCUGGAAAGUAAAAUAGCAAAAACAGGUUCAUUUGCCUGUAAAAAAAGGUGAUAGCCAGACAAGCUGAGGGCUCUCCUCGACACCCCCCCCCGCGGGCCCAUCUGGAGCUGGAGGAGAAGAGAGGGGGGGGAGGAUGAAAUGAUCUGCCGCUCUCAGGCUCAAUCAGGAAUUAGGCCGGGCGCCAAUGGAGAGAAACGAUCAGGGAGUAUCGUCUUCGGCGUCCAAUGGGUUCGUUUGGGCUCGCUCACCAUGCCAGGAACCACAGAGACGGAGUGACGCUACUGCAGGUUAAGGUCAACGGGUGUUGGCCUCGAUCGUCAUCGCUAGUUAGUCUCGAUGUUUAUCCUCCGUGUCCGGACCGUGGAGAGCUACAUGCAGCUUUUCUUUUUCGCGUUGCUUCUCCUCGGCCUGCUUUUUAUGCUUUUUUCUUUUUUCUUUUUCUUUCUUUCUUUUUUUUUUUUUCGUUUCUUUCUUUUACGGAGAACUAUGAUGGUUUGCUCACCUUUUCGUACGAAGGCUCGCUUGCUUGGAGCCGUUCUGGUUUAUUUAGCGAAUGCCAGGUCUUGGUCUUCACGGAGGGCAUGCACAAGGUCAUGAUGACAUGCAGCUCCUCUAGCCUAACGAGAAGACGACCAACCGAGAGCGAGGGGGCGUUCUUGUAGCUGUGAUCAUUGCGGAGACUCUGCACACGGCACAUAGGCGUGGCAUCGGUCCCAGUUCCAUAUUCCCUCCGCGAGCCUCGACUUCUUUUUUUCCAUUCUAAUUUUUGUUGUAAGUCUUGUUAUGGAGUAGUUAGUUACAUGGUGGGCUGUGUGUACGUAAGAGACCACCAAGGAAAAGUGACCUUUUUUGGUUUUAGUAAAUGUCUCGCACAUGGCUGCGCGUU